AUGAAUAUGAAACCUGUACUUCUAUUAUUUCCAAAAACUCUACUCAAAUCAUUUUCUGAUAUCAAUGAACUUCCAUUAUCUUAUCGUCAUCUUACUAAAGGAAGACAAUUUACCGUGGGUGAUCAUAAAUUACGAGUUCAACGUCAAAAUGAUUCAACUGCUGAAUUUUAUUGUUUUCAAAGAAGUACAAAUGGAAAUGAAGCUCAUUUAAUUUCAUCAUCAGUAGAAACUUAUUCAUUAGUUCAAGAUAUUGAACCACCAUCGGAUUAUGAACCAAAAGAAGUAAAUUUUCGAUCAGAAUUUCCAAAACAAUUAAAACUUCGUUGUUUACCAUUUAGUUCAGAUGAACCAAAAACUGUUGUCACAAAAUCAACAAUAAAAAAGAAAAGAAAACGUUUUGCUGAUUAA